AAAUUUGUAGUUUGAUUUUGUUGAUUUUGUUUUCUGUUUUUUUAUUAUGACAAAUCAGCUCCAUGGUGACAUGCGAGAGCUGCUGUCGUGACCUGGGGUAUAAGAAGUACUGUAAGAGUUCAUGAGAACUCUUAUGUUUUCAUUUCCAACGCUGUAGACAUUCAUUAUUAAUGCAGACCUGCACCCAAACCUCGACAGAAAUCCUGAAAUGACCGCACAUUAACAACACAUUUCAUCGUAUCUUUUGGAGAUAAACUGUUUCUAUCAAUAACGAGGAAACUGACUCAUGGACUCAUGGCGUCAACACCAGGACCAGAGGGUCCCAAGUCCUAGAGAAGAACCAGUCCAUCAGGACCAGAGACCGAGUGAAGAGCAGUGAGACUGGUCUGGUCUGCAGCACUGUCCUUCUCCUCAAAGCGGACAUGUUUAUGUCCAUCUCUGUGUUUUCUCGUGUCCUGCUGUCCUUUGGUUUCUUGUUCUCGUUCCGGUUCUGCAGCUGCAGUUUUUCUAAUUUCACCUGAACUCACCUGGACCCGGUCUGUGGGUUCUAGGUCUAUGCUCGGAAGCCAGCCGGAUCCUACGCGCAUGCGCACCUUCUCAGAUACGAUUUGCACAACGGUCCAGCAUCAAAGAUGGCGGGAGCCUCCGACCCACUGGAGGACAUGCUCUUCACGGAGGUGGACGAGAAGGCGGUCAGCGACCUGGUGGGCUCGCUGGAGUCCCAGCUGGGCGACCGGACCGACAAGCGGGAGGCCUCCGCCGCCGCGCCCGCCGCCGCCGCGCCCGCCGCGGGCCACUUCUCAGGGAAAGACCCCGGCUCCGCGGAGCCGCAACAAGGGCGUCCGAGAGCGGCUCUGACCCCGGAGCCCGGGUCCGGCAGAGCCGCGGCGUCCUCCUCCGCCUCCUCCGCGCCCGCCGCGGCCGCCCUGCUACCGGGCGGAGCGGACUCCCCGGGAGCGGGACCGGGACCGGGACCCGGAACACAGCCUGCCGCCGCCGCGGCGGGCUUCCCCCGGGCUGCGGCUCCCGGAGCCCCCGCCGUCGCCCCGGAGACCCGGACCUCGUCGCCCGGGGUUCAGAGUGUGAACGGCGGGCCGGGAGCCGUGAAGCCGGGGACCGGCUCCUCCGCCGCGCCUCAGCCCGGCUUCCAGGUACCUCAGCCCGCCGCGGGGCUCCAGAAGACCCCCGGUGUGGCCCAGAACGGCGUGGACCCGAAGGGGGCCCCGCUGGCGGCCCCGGCCGGCUCCGCGGGUCCGGCCCUGAACCACAGCGGGCCCCUGAUCCACACCAAGAUGCUGCUGCCCGGCCAGCCGGCCCCCGGGGGCCCCGUCAUCCUGACCGGCACCCCCCCUCCGGCCCCGGCCCAGUCCCCCGUCGGCCAGCCCGGGACCGGCACGCCGCCCGCCGCCACCGUGGCCCUGACUCCCGGGGCCAAGCCCGCCGUGAACGGGGUGGCCGUGGUGCGGCCCCCGGGGGCCCCGGUGGUGGCGACCUCCAUCCAGCAGCAGAGGCCCGGGCUGGGGACCGGGACCCCCGCCCGGGCCCCCGCCCCGCAGCCCGCGCUCGCCGUCCGACCCCAGCAGCAGACCACCAUCCAGCUGCAGCCCGGGUUCACCCUGCCGCCAGGCAUGGUUCUGGUCCGGACCGAGACGGGCCAGCUGGUCAUGGUCCCUCAGCAGGUCCUGGCUCAGGCCCAGGCCAAGACGCAGCAGAGCCAGACGGUGGCCGGCAUCGCACAGAGACCCGCCGCUCCCACGGCCGGCGCCACCAUCCGGGUCAGCACCGCCGCCACGGCGCCUGGAGCCCCUCAGACGGUCCGCCUGACGUCCCCCCCUCAGACCAGACUGGUCCAGCCUGCAGUCACGGUCCAGAAGGCCCUGGCCACGCCCCCUGUCGGUGGCGCCGUCCCUGUCAAGAUGGCCGCUCCUCUUAAAUCUCCCACCGUCAUCUCUGCGGGCGGCGCCAAGCCGGCGAGCACGCCGCCGCCGCCCGCCGCCCGGGUGUCAGUGGUGUCGCAGGAAAUGCAGGAGAACGUGAAGAAGUGCAAGAACUUCCUGGCGACGCUCAUCAAGCUGGCGUCCCACAACGCGCCGUGCCCCGACACCUCCAAGAACGUGAAGGCCCUGGUCCAGGACCUGCUGGACGCAAAGAUCGAGCCGGAGGAGUUCACCACCCGCCUGCAGGCCGAGCUCAAGUCCUCUCCACAGCCCUACCUCAUCCCCUUCCUCAAGAAAAGCCUCCCAGCCCUCAGACAGUCCCUCCUGAACAGCCAGCAGUCCCUGAUGACGGCCCCCCCCUCGUCCUCGGCCCCCCCUCCCGUGGCGCCCGGCUCUGGCGCCUCCAUCAGACCUCGACUCAGCGUGGAGGCCGGCGGCGCCGUGCGCCUCAACACGCCCAUGAGCAACACAACGGCGGUGACAGUCGGCAGAGGUUCCGUUCAGACUGUACAGACUCGCACUCCGGUUGUCAUCAGUCAGACGUUCAGACCUCAGGGUACGCUCAUCAGAGGACCGGCCAUCAUCGCCGGGAAGACGCCCAUCAACCUCGCAGCUCAGGCCAAUCAGAAGAAGCUGAGCGACCCAGGGGGCGGGACCUUCAGAGACGACGAUGACAUCAACGACGUGGCGUCCAUGGCCGGUGUCAACCUGAACGAGGAGAACGCCCGUAUCCUAGCAACCAGCUCGGAGCUGGUCGGCACCAAGAUCCGGUCCUGUAAAGACGAGUCCUUCCUGCCGACCGGGCUGCUGCACCGACGCAUCCUGGAGACGGCCAAGAAGCUGGGGGUCAGCGAGGUUCCGCUGGACGUGGUGAACCUGGUCUCUCAUGCGACUCAGUCCAGACUCCGGUCUCUGCUGGAGAAGGUCUCCGCCGUGGCUCAGCACCGCGCCGACGGGGGGAAGGAUGAAGAGCACUACGAGCAGAGUUCAGAUGUUCGCUCUCAGCUCAGGUUCUUUGAGCAGCUGGAGCGGAUGGAAAAACAGAGGAAGGACGAGCAAGAGAGAGAGAUUCUCCUGAAGGCUGCAAAGAGCCGGGCUCGGCAGGAAGACCCUGAACAGGCUCGACUGAAGCAGAAGGCCAAAGAGAUGCAGCAGCAGGAACUGGCUCAGAUGAGACAGCGAGACGCCAACCUCACCGCCCUCGCCGCCAUCGGACCACGAAAGAAACGCAAGCUGGACUCGCCCGGUGGAGCCACAGCAGGGGGCGAGGCGGCCUGUGGCCCCGCCUCCUCGUCCUCUGGCUCCGCCUCCUCGGCGGCCUCCACCCGGCAGCAGCUCCGUCAGAGGAUCACACGAGUCAACCUCAGGGACUUCAUCUUCUGCCUGGAGCAGGAGCGCAGCACCGCCCGCUCCCUCACGCUCUACAAGGCCCUGCUCAAGUGACGGAGCGGCCCCGCCUCCUCUGGCCUCCACCCGCCUCCACCCACCUCCUCUGGCCUCCACCCGCCUCCUAUGGCCUCCUCCCGCCUCCACCCACCUCCUCCCGCCUCCUCCCACCUCCUCUGGCCUCCUCCCGCCUCCUCCCACCUCCUCCCACCUCCUCCUGCCUCCGCCUGCCUCCUCUGGCCUCCACCCACCGCUCCUCCGAGGAGUGUGUCCUCAGCAACACUGAUGGAGGAAGCAGCUCCCAACAGCUGGCUGGUCCUCCUGUGUGUGUGUGUGUGUGUGUGUGUGUGUGUGUGUGUGUGUGUGUGUGUGUGUGUGUGUGUGUGUGUGUGUGUGUGUGUGUGUGUGUGUGUGUGUGUGUGUGUGUGUGUGUGUGUGUGUGUGUGAAAUGAAGAUUCGAAGCUCUGAAAGUCACAUUUUAACAUUUUAAUCCAAACAAACUGAAAGAAUUGAAUAAAAGAAGAGCUGGAACUGGAAGGAUGAUGAAGACCGGCUGCUUGGCCUGGACCGGCUCGGCCUGGACCGGACCGGACCGGCUCUGCCCGGGCCUCGGAGCAGGGCUCUGACGGGACUCCUGCAGGGUCUGAGUGAGGAGGUGCUGCUGUGUGUGUGUGUGUGUGUGUGUGUGUGUGUGUGUGUGUGUGUGUGUGUGUGUGUGUGUGUGUGUGUGUGUGUGUGUGUGUGUGUGUGUGUGUGUGUGUGUGUGUGUGUGUGGUAUUUAUAUUUCCUACGUUGUGAGGUCUUUCAGGAGUUUUCCACUCGUUUGUACCUUUUCAGAAAAAUGAAAUAAAGAGCAGAACUCAG